CUCUUUAACAUAAACAUUUACAGUUAUUUGAUAUUGUGCAUCAAUACAAAAUUUAUAUUAAACUUUUAAUGUAAUAUUUCACACCAAAGUCUACCAGAGUUUUACGACAAGGAACUGCCGCACGCAACCUUUAGGUUAAUAGGGCCACAACCUCGCGCAUGCGCAGUAGUGCGAGCACAAGCGCUUCCUGCUCGCUGAAGAAACGCGUGAAGCUUGAGAGCAGUUCCACUCUGACAGUAAACAGAGCAUUAGGACGUCUGAUUUAGGAUGCAAGCAGUUGGAAAACCCAUGAAGAUUUACUCGACGAGGCGCAUCCCUCCGGAGGGGAUGGAGAUCCUGUCAGCGGCCGGAGUGUGUGAGGUGUCCCUGUGGGACUCAGAUGAACCCGUGCCCAGGUCAGAUCUCCUCAGAGGCGUGCAGGGCGCUCAUGGGCUCCUGUGUCUGCUGUCAGACAAGGUCGACGCAGAGGUUCUGGAUGCUGCAGGGCCCAACUUGAAAGUAAUCAGCACGCUGUCCGUGGGGUUUGACCACCUGGCUAUUGAUGAAAUCAAGAAACGAGGAAUUCGUGUCGGAUACACUCCAGAUGUGCUGACUGAUGCCACAGCAGAACUGACUGUGGCUCUGCUGCUAGCGACCGCUCGCAGACUGCCAGAGGGAGUGGACGAGGUCAAGAACGGUGGCUGGAGCUCGUGGAAGCCUCUGUGGUUGUGUGGUUAUGGUCUUUCCGGCAGCACAGUAGGAGUCAUCGGGCUGGGACGCAUUGGUUUGGCCAUUGCGAAGAGACUGGUGCCCUUUGGAGUAAAGAAGCUGCUGUACUCUGGCAGAUCAUCCAAAUCCUACGCUGCGGAGGUCAAUGGAGAGUUUGUACCCCUGGACACGCUCGUGUCCGAGAGCGACUUCAUAGUCGUUUCCUGCUCCCUGACACCAGAAACCCAGGGUCUGUGUGACAAGGCUUUCUUCAGCAAGAUGAAAAACACAGCGGUUUUCAUCAACACCAGCAGAGGGGCUGUGGUGAACCAGGAGGAUUUGUACGAGGCUCUGAGCGGCGGACACAUAGCAGCAGCUGGACUGGAUGUCACAACGCCGGAGCCGCUCCCUACAAACCACCCUCUUCUCACUCUGAAGAACUGCGUGGUGUUGCCGCACAUCGGCAGCGCCACCUACUCCACCAGAGGCGUCAUGUCAGCACUGGCAGCGCGAAACCUGCUGGCCGGGCUGCAAGGCGCCGACAUGCCCAGUGAGCUCCGCCUGUAGAGCCCGGAGCUGAGCCGGCAGACGGUCCAGAAUCUCAUGGAGGCAGCGUGAAGCAGAGAAGUACUGGUGCUGUCACUGUCGAACGGAAUUGCACUUUAAAGACAAUGUAUGUUUUUGAGGAAGUAAAGUGGGUGUGUACGUGAACUUUUUAGUAGUUCAAGUUCAAAAAGCACAAAACAAAAGCAACAGUGGACGCUUCACUUUCUAAAUCCUAUUGUAUUAAAAAAUUACAGGUGAACUGUAAAAUCAUUUAAAAUGACUCCUUCAAAACAUGUUAAAUCUGAUGUUGUGCCUAAUACUUUACAUUACUAAUGUUAACACUCCCCCUCGUUUAAUAAAAACCGUGCAACACUC